AUGCUGAACCUUCUAGUCCUCGUCCGCGUCAUUGCCUGCGCUGUUGCGGGCCGUAUCUCUACAACUUACAGCACUGCUAGUAGCUACAACUCUCACCUUAGAGAAGGAACAGGAUUACGCCCAUAUUCUAAUGCGUUGAACUUUGGAGAUGGAUCUGCUGUUGCUGCUGUUGCAGCCGUUGGUGACCGACGUGCUGCCGCCUCUGCGGUAGCCACUGCGGUUGGCAGAUUUGCUAGCUUAAGAGCCAAUAUGGGUGGUGGUAUGCGCGGUGGCAUGCGCAGUGGCAUGAACGGUGGCAUAGGUCGUCACAUGGACAGUGGCAUGCGCGGUGUUAUGGGUGGUGGCAUGGGCAGUGGCAUGCACGGUGGUAACGGCGGUGGUACUGAAGGUGGUCGCAUGGGCGGUGUUAUGAGCGGUAGUAUGGGUGGUCGCAUGGGCGGUGGGAGGAAUGGUGGCAUGCGAGGUGGCAGGGUUGGUCGCAUGGGCGGUCGCAUGGGUGAUCGCAUAGGCAAUGGCAUGCGCGGUGGUAUGAACGGCGGCAUGGAUAGUGGCAUGUACGGUAGGAGGGGCAGUCGUAACGGAGGUGGAAGCGGUGGUAACAGGAGAACACGGGUGUAUUAA